CCUGAGAUAUGGGAGGGAGCUGGAGAAAGAAGGAGGGGGAGAGACUGGCAGAGAGGAAGAGAAAAGAAAGGAAGAAACAUUAGAAAGAAAAAGGAAGGAAAACGGUAUAAAGGGAGAUCAAUUACCCACCCUCAAAUAGCUAGAUUGCGGGGGAAGGGGGUGGAAAAGAAAGCUGUGGAGGUGUGCCCCUGCCCGGCUGCUUUGAAGCGUUUAUCAUCUAUUCGUUUGGUUUAUGGAGAAAAAGAAAAUGGUAACUCAGGGUAACCAGGAGCCAACAACAACUCCUGACGCGAUGGUUCAGCCUUUUACUACCAUCCCAUUUCCACCACCUCCGCAGAAUGGAAUUCCCACAGAAUAUGGGGUGCCACACACUCAAGACUAUGCCGGCCAGACCGGUGAGCAUGACCUGACACUCUAUGGAAGUACGCAAGCCCAUGGGGAGCAGAGCAGCAACUCACCCAGCACACAAAAUGGAUCUCUUACGACAGAAGGUGGAGCACAGACGGAUGGCCAGCAGUCACAGACACAAAGUAGUGAAAAUUCAGAGAGUAAAUCUACCCCGAAACGGCUGCAUGUCUCUAAUAUUCCUUUCCGCUUCCGGGACCCUGACCUCCGGCAGAUGUUUGGGCAGUUUGGCAAAAUCCUAGAUGUAGAAAUAAUCUUUAAUGAACGAGGCUCUAAGGGAUUCGGGUUCGUAACUUUCGAGAAUAGUGCUGAUGCAGACAGGGCCAGGGAGAAAUUACACGGCACCGUGGUAGAGGGCCGUAAAAUCGAGGUAAAUAAUGCUACAGCACGUGUAAUGACCAAUAAGAAGAUGGUCACGCCAUAUGCAAAUGGUUGGAAAUUAAGCCCAGUAGUUGGAGCUGUAUAUGGUCCAGAGUUAUAUGCAGCAUCCAGCUUUCAAGCAGAUGUAUCUCUAGGCAAUGAUGCAGCAGUGCCCCUGUCAGGAAGAGGGGGUAUCAACACUUACAUUCCUUUAAUCAUUCCUGGCUUCCCUUACCCUACUGCAGCCACCACGGCAGCCGCUUUCAGAGGAGCCCAUUUGAGGGUCAGAGGGCGGACAGUAUAUGGUGCAGUCCGAGCGGUGCCUCCAACAGCCAUCCCCGCCUAUCCAGGUGUGGUUUAUCAGGACGGAUUUUACGGUGCUGACCUCUAUGGUGGAUAUGCAGCCUACAGAUAUGCACAGCCUGCUACUGCAACCGCAGCCACCGCUGCUGCAGCCGCUGCCGCAGCUUACAGCGACGGUUAUGGCAGGGUGUACACAGCCGACCCCUACCAUGCCCUUGCCCCUGCCGCUAGCUAUGGAGUUGGCGCUGUGGCGAGUUUAUACCGAGGUGGCUACAGCCGAUUUGCCCCCUACUGAAGUGACGUGAGACCCCUGCAAAUGGGACAACCCCCCAGUUCAUGAGGCCUGGCUAUUGCAAUAUUUACUAGUAGAAGAACUCUAUAGCAAGAUGAAGAGGAAAAACAAACAAACAAAAAAACACACAAAAAAAGAAAGAAUACUUUUUAUACCUCACUAUGUUCUUUGAAUAUGUAUUUUUCCUUUAAAUUUCUGCCUUUAAUUCUUUUGUUUCAAAGAUUGUGCAUUUUUUUCUUUUCUUUUUUCUUUAAACUGUGGUAAAAAAAAAUAAUAAUAAUGCAUUUCCAUGUCUGUAUGUCCGUGCUUAGCUUAUUCUGUCAAUCAUGGAAGAGGCAGUCAAAGAGGAAGGAGAGACAUUAGGAGCUGAUAAAUGCAUCUGAUCAGAAAUCAGCAGACAGAAUUACCAAAGUGUAUCUGGUGCUGAAUGGCUGGGGGACAAGCAGAAGUGGAAGAGAUAUUUCUGCAACAGGAUAUUCUUCUAGUCUUCUGAGUUUCUGGUCUUUGACAGGCAAUUCUGGUUGGCCGUGGCUGGAAUCCACAUGCUGAUA